AUGUCCGACGACUCAGACUUCAUCGACGCUUUCAAUGCCACCAAUGGUUUCUCCAUUGAUCAGUUCACCGAGGUCGCCUACCUCCCUGAAUCAAUUGAGGUUCCCGGAAGUACCGACAUUGUUAAUAGUUUUACAGCCUCCCCUAGACACGAUUGGAGCGAAGACUUGAUUAUGAGAAGUAGGGAUAACACAGCUGACGAGCGUAAAGUCAAUCAACAGGUCACUGAGAGCACUGAACACUCUGAGAUUGCUGAGACUUCUCAGUCGGCUGCUGUCGACGAUGAUGAAAUGGCACGUCUUCUUGGUGAUUAUCUUGCCACGCCGGCCCCUGGUCCAGUCAUGGGUACAUUCGAUGGUCAGCCUAUUGAGCUUACCGAGGAGAACAAAGCUUACAUGGCUGAUGCAGCUGCUCAGGCUGGGUUGUGGCUUACCGUCAAAGGCAAGCGCAACCAGCACUACAUGACAUUUGCGCCUCCUACUGAUGGCAUCAACCAGGUGUUCAUCCCUAACACUCCUCCAGAGACUCCUCCAGAGACUCCUCCUCACGAGCCCAGUCCUGCACCAACCCCAAUUGCUUCAUCGACUCGCGACGCUGGCCAUACUGGUGCUGGUAUCCGCAAACGCCCUCACAACUCUGCCGCACCUGUCACUGACCAGACACAUCAGAAGUCGAAUGGUUUCUCUAGGUAA